UCUCCAGAUCUCCUGCUGCUGUGAUUCGAUCUGAGACCCGGGCCACCCAAGGGGCAGUGGACGCUCGUUGGCCCUGGGUUCUGUAAAGUCCCGAAGGUAAAUCUGCCCUGGAGCCGGGCAGUUUGAGCGAGAGGGAAUCAACGACGGGGCUGGGCGGCUGGAUGGCAGCGGAGGGGAGCGUCGCGCGGCUAGUUUCCCAAGAAAGCUGAACUCGUCGCAAAGUUUCCUGUGCAUCAGCUUGCACCCUGCGUAUUGGUGGCGGGCUUUUUCCGUGCGGGUGGUCUUUGGGCGCUGGAGAAACGUGGAGGCAAGACUAACCCGGUGCUGUUCCCUCUCGGGCUGACCUCUGAGUCUCCGCUAUGGACAGCGAGAGUGAUGUGGAUUUUUCUAGCAACAGCUUAACUCCUUUAUGGCGGAGACGGUCAACUCCUCAGCCUCAGUUGCUGGGCCGGAGCAAGCCGAGGCCCCAGUCCUACCAGAGCCCCAGCGGACUGCUGAUCACGGAUUUCCCAGUGGAGGACCGAGGGACGCUCCCCACUGUGCAGACUCCUACCCAGGUACCCACCGCUUCGGAGGCCAGGACAGUCCAGGGGAACCCCCUGCUGCUGUGUACUCAUCGUAGGGUAGUGGCCAAUGGGAGGACAGCCUCCCCGGAAUACAGAGCUGUCUCUCCUCGGCUCCGACGGCCCAAGUCUCCGCAGGCUCCCAAAGCGUUGUCAGAGGGCUCCCCGAAAUCCCCAGCCAAUGGCACAGUGACCUCGCCCAUGCCGAAGCCGCUGCGCCCGCAGCGGACUCCUACCUCGCCCCCUUGCUGUAACCAGGAGGGAGACCUGGCCGGAUUGACCACCAGCCCCCGGGGGCUUUUGCCUGCUGCAAAUGGGCUCAUCCCUGAUACUGACUCCCCAGGCUCCGGUUCGCAAUCUGGCCAGACGACUAAGGACCCUGAGCCGGGACCCUCGAAACUCUCUCCUGUGCCCCAGAAAAGGUCUUUGGAACAAAAACUCCUCCUCCAAAGGCUGCCCUCACAGGAGAACGAGCUCCCAGAGAAUCCUUCAGUGGUUUUGAGCACAAACAGCCCUGCCGCCCUCAAAGUGGGGAAGCAGCAAAUCAUUCCGAAGAACUUGGCUUCGGAAAUUAAAAUAAGUAAAUCCAACAGUCAGAAUGUGGAGCCCCACAGGAGACUCCUUAAGGUGCGCAGCAUGGUGGAGGGCCUCGGAGGGCCUCUGGGUCCCGCCGAGGAAGAAGGUGAGGCGGAGAACGACGUGGACAGCCCUGGGUCUCUGCGGAGAGGCUUGCGGUCCACGUCCUAUCGCCGGGCCGUGGUCAGUGGCUUUGAUUUUGACAGUCCUACCACUUCAAAGAAGAAGAACAGAAUGUCCCAGCCCGUUCUGAAAGCGGUGAUGGAAGACAAGGAGAAGUUUUCCAGUCUGGGAAGGAUAAAGAAAAAAAUGCUGAAAGGACAAGGAACAUUUGAUGGGGAAGAAAACGCUGUCCUGUAUCAGAAUUACAAAGAAAAGGCUCUUGACAUUGACUCUGAUGAAGAGUCGGAGCCCAAAGAACAGAAGUCAGAUGAAAAAAUUGUGAUUCACCACAAGCCACUGAGAUCCACAUGGAGCCAGCUCUCUGUGGUGAAAAGAAACGGAUUAUCACAGACAGUUAGCCAGGAGGAAAGAAAGAGACAGGAGGCUAUCUUUGAAGUCAUAUCCUCUGAACACUCAUAUUUACUCAGCUUGGAGAUCUUGAUACGAAUGUUUAAAAAUUCUAAAGAACUGAGUGAUACGAUGACCAAAACAGAGAGUCACCAUCUUUUUUCCAACAUUACGGAUGUCUAUGAGGCAAGCAAAAAAUUCUUUAUGGAGUUGGAAGCAAGACAUCAAAGUAAUAUCUUCAUCGAUGACAUAAGUGACAUUGUGGAAAAGCACACAGCAUCCACAUUUGACCCGUAUGUGAAAUACUGCACCAAUGAAGUCUACCAGCAACGAACACUACAGAAAUUGUUAGCCACCAACCCAUCUUUUAAAGAAGUACUGUCACGAAUUGAGUCCCACGAAGACUGUAGGAACUUACCGAUGAUCUCCUUCCUCAUUCUCCCCAUGCAGAGGGUGACCCGCCUGCCCCUGCUGAUGGACACUAUCUGUCAGAAGACACCUAAGGACUCUCCGAAGUAUGAAGUCUGCAAAAGAGCCUUAAAGGAAGUGAGCAAGCUGGUUCGACUGUGCAAUGAAGGAGCUCGGAAGAUGGAAAGGACUGAGAUGAUGUACACCAUUAACUCCCAGUUGGAAUUUAAAAUUAAGCCUUUUCCUCUGGUCUCCUCUUCCCGGUGGCUGGUGAAAAGAGGUGAAUUGACAGCGUACGUGGAGGAUACUGUGCUCUUCUCGAGAAGGACAUCUAAGCAGCAGGUCUACUUCUUCCUCUUUAACGACGUGCUCAUUAUCACCAAGAAGAAGAGUGAAGAAAGUUACAACGUCAACGAUUAUUCCUUAAGAGAUCAGCUAUUGGUGGAAUCUUGUGACAAUGAAGAGCUUAAUUCUUCUCCGGGGAAGAACAGUUCCACAAUGCUUUAUUCAAGACAGAGCUCUGCCAGCCACCUCUUUACCCUGACAGUCCUUAGUAACCAUGCGAGUGAGAAAGUGGAAAUGCUGCUAGGGGCUGAGUCGCAGAGCGAGCGGGCCCGCUGGAUCACCGCCCUGGGACACGGUAGCGGGAAGCAGCCUCUGGACCGAACCUCACUGACCCAGGUGGAAAUCGUUAGAUCGUUCACUGCCAAACAGCCAGACGAACUCUCCCUGCAGGUGGCAGACGUGGUUCUCAUCUAUCAACGGGUCAGCGAUGGCUGGUAUGAGGGGGAACGACUGCGGGACGGAGAGAGAGGCUGGUUUCCCAUGGAAUGUGCCAAGGAGAUAACCUGUCAGGCUACGAUCGACAAGAACGUGGAGAGAAUGGGACGCUUGCUGGGACUGGAAACCAACGUGUAGCCUCUCGACGGCCUUCCCUUACUGCGAGAUUUGCACUGCCUCAACAGGGGGCUGCGUGGUUCUGGGCCGGCUUUGUUGUGAAUUUGAACACAGCCUGUUUCAUGAAAAGAAUGAAAACACUUGCCUUUAAGCUCUCUCAGGAGAACAGCUUCCAGUUGUAGUUCGUUCACGAGGUCCAGCGUAUGCACAGCCGUCCCCUUGCAAACUUCCUGAGGGCUGCAGCUAGCUGAGCAGUCCACUUCAGGGACCAGCCUCCCAGCUCCUUCUAGGCUCACCGUUUCCUGGCAUGAAAAAUGUGUAUCAGAUGCAUAUACUAGAUGAGGAAAGUGUUCUUUCCUUGCUCUGCCAAGAAUGUUACUGUUCCUCUUUUAGCAUUUCCUUUAAAUGGUUUUCCCAGUAUUAGCAAGAGCUGUUCUUAAAGAAUGCCCAGUUUUGUAGAUAUUUUUUCUGUGUCUUGUAUUUUAAAUGAUUCUAAUGGUAUGAGGAUUUCAUAAGGAGCAGGUAGAGCUCAAAAAGUGAGCUGUUGAGUUUUUCUAAACUUCUUCCCAGGAAAGGGAAAUUGACACUUGAAUUUUUGCCACCUCCUUCCUCCUUAGCAGAGAAACUUAGAUUUUCUUUUUCUAUCCAUCUCACCCAAUAUUUGUAUAGCCUGAUAAAACUCGAGCUACUCUAGUAAGGUAGAAUUUAGAUGGUUCACCUAAGUGACAAAAUCCUGACUAUAGGACAGGGGUCAUACUUUAUUUAAUAUUCCCAAAGGAGCUGAUAAACUGACAUGAGGCUGCUUUGCCUUUAAAAAUUUUGCUUUGAUAAUUUCUUUAAUAUUUUUGACUGUUCCUACUCCUGGUUCCAGACAGGCAAUUGGCUGAAAUACAGUCUCAAGGAAGAUAAAAUUUAGGCCUCACCAAGGUAUCAAGAUGCCAGCCUGACACCUAAUUGAAGCAUAACAUUUUGGUCUUAAUGGGAAUCUGUUUGAUAUGUACUAAGGGUCUUGCUUGCUGGAUCUGGAGGCUCUCAACUGCGGGUGUCUGCAGAACUUCAUUUCUUCCGCUGGUGCAAGGAGAGAGAAAGAUCGUUUUAAUAGUAUAUUUCAUAGACAGGGAGUGAGUGAGGGUUUGGAAGAUGGAGAGAGGGGAAAGUAAUUUUUACUGGCAGCUAUGUUCUGCUCUACUCCAUUUUCUUCCGCAAAGGGACAAAGGCUGGCAAAGGGUACAUUAUUCAAGGACUCAGAUCUGUGUGUGACAUGUCACAGCUAUGCCUGCCAACCAGGUACCCAAAUCGUGAGUGAAGUUGGUAAAGCAGAGGCCCAGUGUGGGAGCCCAGUGUGCUUGGCUCACCCCCUGCGUCUUGCCAACUCCACAGUGAGCCAGCGCGGUGCACCGGGGCCUUCUCAUCCCUGGUUCACUCUCCUUUACUUACGCAUACAGUUCUGGGGGGUAAGAGACAUGCCAGGCCCUGAGUUCCUUGAGGUCGGGCCAGUGAAGUGAUACCAGUGGGCCACAGCAAGAGAUGUCUCCAGGUUGGUAAACAAAGGCAUUGGUCGUCUCUUUCAGGUCACAGACCUGUUAGGAGAGGUUAAAAAGUUGUGAUCUAAUUUCAUGUGAUCUUUGAAUUUAGGAAGGAAGGUAAAUCCAUUGCUUGCAAAGGGGAUCAUUUUGUAUGAGUUUUGCUAAUAUCCAUUUGAAGCUAUAAAGCAACUGUAGGAAUCCUGUGAAUUAAUUUGUAAGUAGAGAUGUUAAAGUCUUGGAAGUAUGUGCAUUUUAUAAAUCAAAGCCUUACUUAGCAAGCAGUUCGUACUGUUAUUAGAAUGUUAUACAGCAGGUAUUUAACAUUCACAAUGUUUAAUUUCAACAGUGAGUUGUAAUUUUUACAUGACACAGUACUGUUUUCAAACCUAAUUCAGUUUCUAUGAACAGCUUCUUGGACUUGUAUGAGGACUUCAUUCAAUGACCUGUGGAGAACCAUACUCAUUUUUGUCCCAAUGAAUUGAUAUUGCUUGUAUACUUUUGGUGACAUAAGUGAAUUUAUAAAGAUUUUGUAUAUACUUGUUCUUUA